AUGAAUGAACAAAAAAAUAAUUUAUUAAAUAUUCGAAACAAUAGUUUUUGCCAAUCAACACUUAGUAAUGGUGAUUCAACUUUAUCUGAAUCUUAUAUUGAUACAUAUGGUAAUUAUAAUCCCGAAAAUUCAUCAGUCGAGGAUACUGUUUUUGCUGAUGGUGAACCAAGACUUAAUUAUGAAAGAAUUCUUGGAGAUUUAGGGCAAUGUUUUAGUAGUCAAUCACCGACUGCCGUAACAUUUUCAGAUAGAUUUAUUGCUGCGGGUUUUAAAAUGGGUUAUAUAUUACUUUUUGAUUAUUCUGGAUUGGGACAUAAAGAGAUACCAACUAGAAAACAUAAUGCCAAAAUUAUUUGCCUAUCUUUUGAUGAUAAAAGUGAUUAUUUGGGUAGUUUAAGUAGUGAUGGAAUGCUUUCUGUUUUUGGACUUGUUUCUUCAACUUUAAAUGUUAUAUUAAAUUUAAGAGAAGUACCUACAACUAUAUGUUUAUCACCAGAUUAUUCUGUACAAGGUAAAGGUGCCAAAUUAGUUAUUGGUGGUCGAUCUUUAAAUUUAUAUAAAAAAGGUUUAUUAAGUGGAAAAUUUGAUAAAUUAUAUGGUGAUGAUUUUAUGAGAGGAGGUAUUAUUACUACAAUUUCAUGGAAAAAAAGUAUUUUAGCUUUUACAAAUUGUGAAGGUACAAGAAUAUAUGAUUUUCGUAUAAAUCAAAUAGUUACUAAAUUAGAUGUAGAACCAAAUAUAAGUAGGAGCCCUUUAUUGACAUAUCAACCAAUACAUUUAUGGUUAAAUGAUAAAACUCUCAUUGUUGGAUGGUUAAAUUGUUUAACAUAUUAUAAAAUGAAAGAACAUAAUAUUGUUAAAGGAAUAGAAGUAUUAAAAAAAAUUGAAAUAGCAAAAAAUUAUAAAUUUGAGGAUAAUUUUAUGAUAGCUGGUAUAAGUUAUAUGCAAAAUGAUAUUGUUUCUGAAAGAAAUCCUGAAAUUAUAUUAUAUGGUAUGUAUAAAGAUGAUACAAUUAGUAGAUGUGAAAGUCUUGCAAGUUUAAGUGCACCACCACCAAGUGUAAUUACUACAGAUGCUGAAAAUUUUAUUGGUAAAGUAAAUGUUAAAAUUAUUAAAUGUCUUACAAAAACAGAUUUUAUGAUUACGGCAGAAGAUAUAAUUGAUAUGAAUGGUGUUUUACCAAAUCAGUUACAUCGUUUAAAAAUGUUUGGUAUACCAUAUGAUAAAGAAUAUUAUCUUCUUGGUGAUCGUUGUUUAAUUAAAGCUAUUGCUACAACACUUAAUGAAAGAUUAGAUUGGAGAGUAGAAAAUGAUCUUCUUUUUGAAGCUGUUGAAUUUGCCAAACAAUAUAAAUCACUUCUAGAUAGAGAAAGUGUUAUACAUGUUGGAAGAAAAUUAAUGGAAAAAUUAUUACGAGAAUCUGACUAUAUCACUGCUUCUGAUCAUCUUUCAAUAAUAUGUAAUAAAGAUAAAUCUGAAUGGAAGUAUAUGUUUAAUAUCUAUCGAAUGGAAGGAAUACUUUAUUUAUUUUCAUAUGCUAUGUCAAGUGAUAAACCUAUUUUAGAAAAAGAAUAUUAUCAAGAAGUAAUUGAAGAUGCUUUAAAUAAAAAUGCUAGUAUUUUUAGAAGAAUUGUUGAGACAUGGGAUAAAAAUUUAUACAAUUAUAAAGAUAUUAUAGAAAAAUUAAAAAUUAAUUUAGGUAAAUUACCAAAAGAUAAUACUCCUGAAAUUAAUAUUAUAAGGAAACAUUUUUUAUUAUCAAUAGCAAGACUUUCAACAUAUGAUAAAGAUUAUGAGUUAGCUGCUGAUAUUUAUAUUAAUGCUUGUGAUAAAUUUAUUUUUAAUUGGAUAGGACAAAAUAAUGUUUAUAGUAUAAUAAAAGAAAGAUUACCUGAAUUGAUGAAUAUUAGUAAAUAUGACACUAUACAAUUAAUUUUUGAUAAUGAAGCAGAUCCAAAAACAGUUUUAUUUGAAUUACGUGGUUAUCCUGACUAUCAAUUAGAUUUUUUGCUUGCUUUAUUUGAAAGAGGUGAUGGUGCUGAGUAUGGUAAUUUGGCUGUUGAACUUUUUGUAAGAUGUAGAAAAGAAAAAUUAUUACAUUUUUUACAAACAAAUGACAAUUAUAUAAUAAGAGAAGCCACAAAUAUAUGUAGAAGAGAAAAAAUGUAUGAAGAAUUGAUAUAUCUACUUUCAAGAUCGGGUUUUGAAUCAUUAAAAGAAGCAAUAGAAAUAAUUGUAAAUGAGUUUAAUGAUAUCAAUAGAGCUAUAAAAUUUUGUAAAGAAAAUCAUGGUGAUGGAGAGUUAUGGGGUUAUUUAUUAAGUUUUUGUAAUCAAACACCACAAAUAGUUAAAGAUAUUUUAGAACAGGCAGGAACAUCAAUUGAUCCUUUAACAAUAGUUGAAAAUAUUGAUGAAAAACUUGAGAUACCAGAAUUAACCUUAUCUUUAAUAAGACUUAUAAAAGCAUGUGAAAUAGAAAUUGAUAAUAUGGAAAUUGGUUUAAAAAUUUUGACAAAAGAUAUCAACCAAAAGUAUGAUUCAUGUAUUUCAAAAAAACCUGCAUUUGUUGAUAUUAUACCAGGAAUCAAUUAUGAUAAACCUAUUGCUGUAACUUUUGGUGAAUUUAACGAUUCUUAUGAAGAAAUAGAAGAACUUUAA